UUACAAAAGCAUACGUAUAAUACAGAUUGAAAUUUAUUUUGUUGUCAACAAAAGAAGAGAAACAGAUUUUAUGGAGUCUGUUAAUUUAUUAGUGGAAACUGUUGAUGGAGGAGACGUCCGCACAAAGGAGGAUGUUUGUCAGAUUUUGGAGCUGGCUGCAAUCAAGGAGAACGAUUUAAAUAUUGUAACACAAUGUCUAUAUUCCACGCAAAAUUACAAAAUUGACAAUUUGAUGUUAUUAGAAGUGGAUAAUCACAUAUUGGAAACAUUAAACAAGGGAGACAUAAUAUCUUUUCGUGGUAACAAGCAUGAUGAUGCUAUACUGUGUACAAAAACUCGGACAUAUGAAGUCAAAGAGGCAGAGAUAUCCAAUUCUUGGUUAUUGGUACCAAACUUGAAGCUAAACCAAGCAACAAAUGUAGAGGAAGUAACCGAGAGAAUUAUAGGAAGGCGAAAUAUAAAGAAAAUAUUUACCUCAUAUUAUGAGGUGAAGGAAACCAAGCCUAAUCUGACAAAUUUGUCUACUUUUCUCAAUUCAUCAUCCUUUAAUGGAUUAGAAUAUGAAUCUAUGAUAAACCCAAAAACAUUGUACAGUUGGGAAAAAUUACAAACUGAAUUACAAGCAAGUGAUCAUGAAUUGAAACAGGCUUUAGCAGAUUUUUUAAUAGCCGACAUAAACGGUUAUUUACGUCUCGUAUCAUUCGAUGUAGAAGCAAGGAGCCUGAAUUUGAUGUUGGAUUAUUUUGGAGAACAGUCUUGGGAACUUGAUGAAGUAGAUAAGGAGAGCACUUAUGAAUGCCUAAAAGAACUUAUUCAUGAACCAGUAUUUAAUGCUAUAUUCGAAAAGUAUACACAAGUGAGCACGAAAACGAAAAUUGAUGGUAGUCCAUUGUACAUAUAUGAUGAAAGAAAAUGUUGUGCAAUGAUAGCAAGGAUUCUUCUUGCUGCUUCUCCUGUUACUGAAUACAAAGAAUUUAUGGAGACAUGGACUAUUGGAAUUCCUGAAAAGAUGCAGCUGAAAGAAGAAUAUUUAUGUGGAGCAGCUCUUGUAACGUACAAUGCUUCAAAGAUGCAGAAGGAGGUUGUAUCUUGUCCAGAGGCCGACCUAUCCAAUAACAUCCACAAGAGACUUAAUGAACUUUUUCAAAUCAAGGCUAAAUGGACUGCUGAAGAAAUAACACCUUAUAUUAUGCGUUUUACAAAAGGUACAAUGAACGUUAAUGCACUCCUAACAAAGUAUGCUAGAUGUUCAACAAAAAAUGGACUAAAAUAUUACGGAUCAAAACAUGGCAAAUGAUGUGUUGAAGCUGUAACUGCUGCAGGUUGUGUGCAUUUAACUACCUUAGAAUACAUUGAUACAUGUGUGUCGCUAGUUAAUUAUAUCAAUUACGACAAUAUCACAAUAUUUCCGAAUUGUCUGUAAUGUUGAAAUCAUACGCGCAGUUUAUUUUACUCCUCAUCAUGAUACAGAGUUACAUUUACACAAUUUAUAAAUACAUAUUUUUAAGAUGAAAUGAGAUUACAUAUGAUUUACUUUUAUCACUCUGUGUUUCACUGAUGUAACAGCAAAAUUAUUUGUGAUACAAGGUCCGACAAUAAAGUUUUAGUUGUCGAUUUAAAAAACAAUUUAUUUUUAAAAUUGCAAAAACGUCAGCUUAUCUCCUUCAAAGUUAGCUCCUUGGAAUCGUACACAUGUAUGGGAAUGACAUCCAUGCUCCGUAGCAUUUUUCUAAAACUCAUUUUCUGAAAAAUACCUUUCAAAACCUGUAUUACGUUUACUUGGAUUGUUAUACUAUCCCAAAAUGCUUUCCUUUUAUAACUUUUUAAUUUGGGAAAUAACAUGAGUUGUAAAACGUAUUUAUAACGAGCGAGAGAUCAAGUAGGAAUGCAUAGAAGCAUUGCCAUGAUAUAAAAUUUAUGACAACGCAAUUUCGUAACGCGCUUUCUGCACCAUAUGAGGCUUUACAAGAAUAAACCUGCACGAGCAAGGAAACCCCAAUAGUCUGGAAACUUGGAACGCGAAUAAAGCGGGAUCAGACUAGAUAGCUGUGACGAAAGUUUCGUUUCAACAUUGCCACGUCGGCGGAAAAAAAAUUAAAUCUGAAACUUUAUUGUCAAACCUUGUACGGUGUAUUAUUAUUAUUAUUAUUAUUAUUAGUAUUAUCAUUAUUAUUAUUAUUAUUAUCUCAUCGCUCAUCAAAAGACCAUAACGUUAGAUUAGAGAAUCAUUAUUAAUUUCAAUGACUACGAAUAAUUCUUGUUAUCCCGUCGAUUGUAAAAUUGUCAUCUUAUUUUGCUAUUAUUGAAAUCAAAUUUUUCUUAAUAUCUGACGCUGUUAUAUGAAUAAUAUUACAAAUAUUUGCAACAAAAGUGAUGAA